AUGUCCUCGCUGCCCCGCGGCUUCGAGCCCCAAGCUCCCGAGGACUUGGGGCAGCGGAGUUUGGCGGAGCUGGGGGAGAUGUUGAAGCGCCAGGAGAGACUUUUGCGCAACGAAAAAUUCAUUUGCAGAUUGCCCGACAGAGGUAAAAAGAUCUUAGACUCUGUUGCCAAACUGAAAGCGGCCAUUGCGGAACGGGAAGAGUUUAGAAGAAAAAGUGUACUCUUUCAUCCUGUUGGAUUAGACUGUGAAGUAAGGCAAAAAGUGAUUGCAGGAGUUGUGGACACAGUUAAGGCUCAGAAUCCUGACCAGAUACUUGAUACUUCAUCACUAGUUCCUAGCUGUUCUUCUGUAGCUGACAGCAAGUCAUCUAAAGCAACUUCACCAAAGCAGGGAAUUGUACCUGUCCUUGACAAAGGCAGUGAAGAGACUUCAGAGGCAGAGGACACAGUGAACAAAUGUUCAGUUCCCAGCAGCAAAGCCAGUAUAACUUUCUUAUCUGAAGCUAGCCAGCAUCUCCCUCAGCAUCCCGUUUCAAGUCAUGAAGAAGAUACUUCUAGCAGCUCUGACCACUUGAUUAUUGAUAGCUUACGAAGGAUUACAAUCGCAGAACAAGGGGAGCAUUGCUUAGAGGAAAACACGAGUACCGAUAACUUGCCAGGCCUUCAUAGUGGGACUCGGAAGAAGCCACAUUACGUGGAAGUGCUAGAAAUGCGAGCCAAAAACCCAGUGUUCCCAGCGCAUAAAUUUAAAACAAAUGUAUUACCUUCACAACCAAAUGGUUCAGCUAGGCAGUGCCAGAGAAGAGGGUCUCCUGUUUCCUCAGAAGAAAGGAUGCGCAGAGAUAAGAAGCAUCUUGAUGACAUCACAGCAGCUCGGCUUCUACCCCUUCACCAUAUGCCUACACAGCUGCUCUCCAUAGAAGAAUCUUUAGCACUUCAGAAACAGCAGAAACAGAAUUAUGAGGAAAUGCAGGCCAAGCUUGCAGUGCAGAAAUUAGCUGAAAGGCUGAAUAUUAAAAUGAAGAGCUAUAAUCCAGAAGGAGAGACUUUGGGGAAAUACCGAGAAGUGAAGGAUGAAGAUGAUCAAGCCUCUGAUGAUGAAUUGUGA